AUGAUACGAAAUUAUCAUCGAAAGAGUGGAGCAAACGGGAAACGACAAUCAAAUACCACGCUCAUUUCCAUUAUUGAUCAACGACAAAAUGGUCGUCUCAUGAGUAUGUUUCUCAAUGCUCAACGUCGAUUAUCUCUAAUGUCACAAAUAUCUUUACCACACGGUGCUGAAUAUCGUCCACAACAACGAUUGCCACCCAAUGGUCUUGAAUCACAGCACAAUAUCCUGCUGAGAAACAUAACAACAAAAAUUGGACAUAAUCCUAAACAAUUUCGUGUUAAAUCAAGCAAAAAAGCAAAGCCAUCUCAACCUAAACUCUUACUAGAUUGUGUUGCUAGCAAGCAGCCAAAAUAUGAUUAUAAUAUAAAAACAUUUGACGACUGA